CUACCAACGGACCCGCAACACCCUUUAUUCAGAAAAAGAUAAAGAAGCUACGUUUAUUAGCAACUAUGUCCCACCCAAAAAGAAUGUAGAUCCCAAUUUUAAGACGGCCAAUCACGUCUAGGGACUAUAGAGUUGCGAGUUAGGAAUAGCGUUCGGUUACCAAUGUUAGCGGCUCUUUGCGAAGUGAAGAUUUGGUAUAUACGUAGGAGUUCCAGUAUUCCGACACCGGUGUCCGAAUACUGGAACUCUAUACCUAGGUAGUCGCUGUACCAAGCGUAUAUCCUUCCCGACCAACUCCCCAGACUCUCGUGGGGCCCUAAACAUUAUGGGUUACAAUACUUUCCACACCGAAGAAGGUAUGGAGGUGGAUGUGGGCAUGGACGUAACUGACCACUCCGGCCCCAGUGGAAAGGUCAAACAAGCGGUUGUCGAAAACGUCGCCCUUGCUGAUGCUCUCGUCAAGGACGGGGUAACUUCAUGGACAUCGCCAUCAUUGCUGAAACUAUAUCCUAUCAUUAUGCUCAUUACUCUAAACACGGCCAUGAAUGGCUACGAUGGCUCUCUAAUGUCAUCGAUGAACGCAAUGCCAGCAUUCCACAAAUAUUUCAACGUUGGCAAGCAAGGCCCUGCUACGGGACUUCUCUUCGCAAUUUACACAGUCGGCCAGCUCGUUGGUUCUUUAUUUGCUGCCCCAGCGGCUGAUAGGUUAGGUCGCCGUUUCGGAAUGUGUUCUGGCGCAUUUUUUAUUGUCAUCGGCACCAUCCUUCAGGCUACUUCUAAAAAUAUCGACCAAUUCAUGGGCGGUAGAUUCUUAAUCGGCUUUGGAGUCACCGUUGGGUGCACAUCUGGGCCGAUUUAUGUUGUUGAGAUCUCGCCACCGUCCAUGCGUGGGCUGUUUGGCGGAUUGUAUUAUGCAUUCGGUUAUUGCGCUGGUGCACUUGUGGCGUCGUGGACAUGCUACGGAACGGGGAAAAUGUCUGGUGAUUGGUCCUGGCGUAUCCCCGUCGUCAUUCAAGCAUUUCCUGCAGCUAUCAUUUUCUGCACAGUAUGGCUACUACCGGAAUCCCCUCGAUGGCAAAUUGCCAAUGACCAGCGUGAGAAGGCUCGCAGUUUUUUUGUCGAGUACCAUGGAAAUGGAAACGAAGAUUCUGCCAUUGUGAAUCUCCAGAUGGAAGAAAUCGAACGCGAAACCAAUUACGACAAGGAGCUUUCUAAUAACAGAUGGUGGGACUAUCGCCCACUCUUCAGUACUAGAGACAGAUGCUUCAGGAUUUAUCUCCUUAUACUUGUUGGUGUUUUCAAUAAAUUUGUUGGUGGCGCCGUUAUAAGUUAUUAUUUGCCAACCAUUCUUGACAACAUUGGCAUCAAAUCUCCCGAUAAGCAACUGCUCAUUAACGCCCUUAAUGUAGUAUUUUCAUCUGUCGCUUCGGUUUUCGGCUGCUUUUACGUCGACAAAUUUGGUCGUCGCAAUCUCUAUCUUUGGGGCGCACUACUCACUGGUCUCUGCUAUAUCCCAAUGAAUGUGAUAGCUGCUCUGGCAGACGGUCACGUGGCGACAGGCACUGGCUACGCCUUUGUUGCAUUUAUUUACCUCUAUGGGGUUUUCUUCUCGUUCUGUUGGAUGCCGCUGCAGACUUUAUAUCCAGCUGAGAUCCUACCCAACGAUAUUAGAGCCCAGGGAUUUGCUUUUCAGGAGCUCAUGAAUGGACUCGCAAGCUUUAUAAAUACCUAUGCUACCCCCGUCGCCCUUGAACGCAUUGGUUGGAAAACUUAUACGAUUUUCCUUAUCUUUCAUUUUAUCUACCUUGGAAUGCUGUGGUGGUCUAUCGUCGAGACAAAGGGCCGCUCUCUCGAAGAGCUCGAGGAAAUCUUUGCAGACCCUCAUCCUGUCAACAAAUCUCUGGAGAAGCAUAAGGUUUUAUUAGCGACAGGACAAGGUGUGAAGGCAGAUAUAGAUCCUUGAUUGACACCUUCCUGUUUGUAUGUUGGGCAGAAAUCUCAUUAUACGAUGGCGAAAAUAGCCAAGUGAUGUCAAUAACAAUGGUUUUGGCAACGGCCGCCUUGAUCUUAAUCCCGUAAUGGGGAUAACGCAUAUUUACGUGGGAAUGAUGUGGGUCUGGGCGUUAUAUUUGGACACGGUGGAGGAUGAUAUAUUUUCACCGCUCGAUAAGCAGCGGCAAGGAGGACAAGCCUUUAAAGUUGAUAUUGAGAAAGUUCUCGGAGGGGACUACUGUCGCACGAAAACCCUCGCCAUUAACAAGACCCACGCACGCUCAUCCACUACAUUCCAAUCCUAGCCAGUUACUUAGGACAAUAAUCUAUUGAUAUAGCCGAAAGGAGUUACCAGGUUGCCAUGGGACGAAAUUGUGAAUUCCUUCCCAGAAAGGAAAAAGGGAGCUUUGCAAGUACUCUACAGCACAAAUCUGAAGAACCGCGCGCAAAUUUCUGGGGCCAAAAAACGGUUCAGUGUUACCUCCUAUGAUCUAGCCUCUAACACCAAAGACGAGCCUCUGAGUAAGCCAAUACUUCAACUUGUGAGGUUGUCAGAUCCGGCAAUCUAAUAGCGCAUAGUAUGAGAAUAUCAAAGUGGUGG